GUAAUGCAAGUAAGAUGAUAGUAUGGUGUAUAGAAUUUUCCUUUCCAAUAUUUUUGAUGUAGAGUCAAGAGUGUGCUUCUUCAGAUGAUUCACUGCCAUUCUUUUCUUCCUUUUCUCUCUUCUUUUCUUUUUGAAUUGUUCUUCCCAAUAUUCUCCACUCAUAUCAUGUACUAUAGAUUUCUGUCCAAUCUUUUUAACAAGAAUAACUUGGGUGAGGAUCGCCCAUACUACUCUUCUAUAUACAUGAGCUAGCUACCGAGCAUCCAAAGAGAUGCCAGCUUGGUUUAUUGUAUUUAGGCCACAUUGAUUGCUGUUUUAUUGUAUUUAUGCCUGUUCUUCGCUCGUGUGGAUCAUGUCGUAUAUAUGCUUUAAGUUCUUUCAAUCCACUAUUGCAUAUAUAUAGCACAUGAUCAGUAGAAAGUUUUCCAAGACUACCUUUGGUAUUUGUAGAUUGAGUAAAUUAGUCAUGAAUAUAGAAACAUAUCUGCAAAUUGCUUGUUCAUUUCAAGGAAUUGCACCAUCUCUUUUGUGGCUUUCUAUCAAGGAUAUGGCAUUGAAAUUCUCUGGUGCAUACCGGCAAUGCAAGCCCUGCACGGGCUCCAGCAGCUACAAGAAAGGAGGCCAACGGCCUUACCCGGACUUUGAUACGAUUUCAGAAGGGGUUCCAUACCCCUACCUUGGAGGAGCAAGCGCAAACUCAACACCUGCAUGGGACUUCACAAGUCACCACCCCACAACAAGAUCUGACUCAAGAUUUAGUGGGGUAUUGAGAGGUGAUCAGACUCCUAGAGGAGUGUCUGUGUCUGCACAGUCUUGUGAUGUGGUGUUUGAGGAUGAGGAUGAGCCUAAGGAGUGGAUGGCACAGGUAGAACCAGGUGUUCACAUCACUUUCGUGUCCCUUCCUAAUGGUGGAAAUGAUCUUAAACGAAUACGCUUCAGCCGAGAGAUGUUUAAUAAAUGGCAAGCUCAGCAAUGGUGGGGUGAGAACUAUGACCGAAUCAUGGAGCUCUACAACGUCCAGAGAUUUAAUAGGCAAGCUCUUCACACUCCCCCAAGGUCUGAGGAUGAGAGAGAUUCUUCAUACACAAGGCUUGGAUCAGCAAGGGAAAGUCCCAUGGCUUCAUCAUUGAACAGGGAGUGGACACCAAGGAGCCACUAUAGACCCUCUGUAAAUACAGGGUAUUACCCAGCUGAUCCGUUGGAUCAUGGUGGUGGCCACCAUUACAAUGCAGGAUCAUCCAUGGAUGCGUCGCGGACGACAACCUCUUCUCGGGAUGAAGCUUCAGUUUCUAUUAGCAAUGCCAGUGACCUGGAAACUGAAUGGGUAGAGCAAGAUGACCCUGGGGUGUACAUUACCAUCAGACAGUUAGCCGAUGGCACUAGGGAGCUUCGGCGUGUCAGGUUCAGCCGAGAAAAGUUUGGAGAGGUGAACGCAAAGCAGUGGUGGGAAGAGAACAAAGAGAGAAUACAAGCUCAGUACCUUUAAAGAUUUGAUUUAAACGAUAUACACUACCACAGAUAAAAGUAUAAAGAAGUCAGGGUGCAUCUGCAUGCUGUAAUGGAGCCUUUAUAGAGAGAAUUGCAGUUAGACACCACAGCUGAUGGUUAUAACCAUGUGUUCUAUCAUAACCUAUUAUGAUGGCUCUGUUUUGGGUAAAGGCUCGUUUUCGUGAGAUGUCCAGAUGGGUCCUGUUUUUUCUUUGUUUUUGUUUUUAUGAUGAUGGUCACUAUUUAGUGAAAUAUUUUUGGGCCUCCUUUCUUCCCACUUACAUAUAAGAGUUUGUUAUUUGAUACACAAAUUCGAGAAAUGCAAUUGAAAUCAUUCCCGGCUGUAUGCACAGAUUUCUUGUAAUGCUGAUUUUAUUCUUUGGGAAUAUAUUUUCGAUUGUAUUUUAUCAAAA